AUGUUCGUCGACGAAACGGACGACAAUUACUACAUCCUCGAGUUUUUUGAUGUUCGGGAUGCUGCAGAGCAUCGUCAGCUCAUUGCUCCGGAGACGACGGAGAAGUUGCGGAAUGAAUGGCAUCCGCACCGACAGGCUGAAGCGCCUCAUGCGCCGCAAAUGCGUGGCAUGCAGAUGCCGGAAAUGCCCAAUGCUGCUGCAAACUGGUGGCAGCAGUGGCCAGAAGAUCGUGCCAUCGUGAGCAUCGCGGAAGAAGGUGUAGCUCAGAUGGGGAUGAUCAUGCCAGGGACCUUCCUCAUUCUGUUGCAAGGGGUUCCUCGCGAACUGCUCAACGACAGCUGUGUGGAGGCCAUCCUCGAGCAGGCCGGCCUCUCCGAGGAUGUCGCCAAGUUCACACUUCACGAUGAGAAGGUUAGCCUGCGUGGCCACUGCAUGCUGAACGUGCUCUCCGAAUCUGGAGUUUACCGAUGCCUGAACCACUUCGCAGGCUGUUGUUGGGGUUGUCGACCGAUGCUGGUGUAUGGCGAAUUGUCAAUGCCAGCUUGCUUCCCAGCAACGCAGAAUGGCGAUGGUGUUGUUGACUGGCGAAAGGAGCAUGCCAGAGGCGGAGGAAUCUUUGCUGAUACAUGGAACUUUGAUGAGGCAGCGCACACAUCCAAUCGCAGCCAAGCACCGCCGACCACGGCACCUAAGGAGGCUCAGCCCACUUCGGAAGCGAGCACGGACCUCAGCGAGUCCGACGACGACGUGAUCGCCAAGUUCCAGGCGUCGGUCGGGAACAGCGCGCAACAUUUACACCACCUGUCUUCCACAAGAAGCUGA